AGCGGCCGCCGCGGCGCCAGGGACCGGGGCGCGCAGCAGCCUCCGCUCGCCCGCCUGUGCUGACCUGCCUCGCUUGCCCCCAAAGAAUGUCAGCCAAGUCCAAGGGGACCCCCUCCUCGUCCUCUCCAGCCGAGGGACCGCCGGCAGCCUCCAAAACCAAGGUGAAGGAACAGAUCAAGAUCAUCGUGGAGGAUCUGGAAUUAGUCCUGGGCGACCUGAAGGACGUGGCCAAGGAACUUAAGGAGGUGGUUGACCAGAUUGAUACCCUGACUUCUGACCUACAGCUGGAGGAUGAGAUGACCGAUAGCUCCAAAACGGACACCCUGAAUAGUAGCUCAAGUGGGACAACAGCCUCCAGCAUAGAGAAGAUCAAAGUGCAGGCCAACGCCCCCCUCAUUAAACCCCCAGCCCACCCAUCUGCUAUCCUCACUGUCCUGAGAAAGCCAAACCCUCCACCUCCUCCUCCACGGUUGACACCUGUGAAGUGUGAAGACCCCCAAAGAGUGGUGCCCACUGUCAAUCCGGUAAAGACCAAUGGCACCCUUCUGCGAAGCAGAGGCUUCCCAGGGGCACCAAACAAAAUUCCAAACGGAGACAUUUGCUGCAAACCCAGCAGUAACUUGGAUAAGGUUCCAGUGCAGCCUCUGAUGCAUAGACCUGAAAAAGACAGGUGCCCCCAGGCAGGGCCUCGGGAACGAGUUCGGUUUAAUGAAAAAGUCCAGUACCAUGGCUUUUGUCCUGACUGUGACACCCGGCAUCACAUAAAAAAUAGGGAGGUCCACUCACACAGCGAACCUGUCCACCCGCCAGGAAAGCUUCCUCCCCAUGGCCCUGCCCAGCCUCCUCCCCCUCAUCUCCCUCCUUUUCCACUAGAAAAUGGGGGGCUGGGAAUAAGCCACAGUAACAGCUUCCCCCCACUCAGACCUGCACCUGUGCCUCCUCCCACUGCACCAAAACCACAGAAGACGAUCUUGAGGAAAUCAACCACUACAACAGUGUGAUGU